AGAACAACAAACACCUCCACCUUCUAUAUAUAUUUCUUCCUAAAAAUAUUAUAUUACCAAAAACAAAGCAAAUCUAUCCUUUGGUUUCUCGUGCAGUGUUGCAUUUCAUCAUGAUCUCUACCUGGAGGAGGCGGAGGGCGGCCCGCCACGCAGAGAAGCAGCAGCAAGAGCGUGAUAACGGCGGAGAUAUGGAGCUUGCCAUACCCAAAGAUUUUCGCUGCCCCAUAUCUUUGGACUUGAUGAAGGAUCCCGUGACAUUGUCCACCGGAAUUACUUAUGAUCGUGAGAAUAUCGAGAAGUGGAUAGAGUCUGGGAACGUUACUUGUCCCAUUACUAACCAGGUUCUGAGGAGUCUUGAGCCGAUCCCAAAUCACACAAUACGUAAAAUGAUACAAGAUUGGUGCGUGGAGAAUAGGUCUUAUGGGAUUGAAAGAAUUCCUACGCCUCGAAUCCCUGUGAGUUCUGUCGAGGUUUUGGAGAUUCAGGCCAAGUUUACGGUAGUUUGUAAAAGAAGGGAUCAAGUUGGGUGCCGGAAUUUAGUGGCCAAGAUCAAAACUCUAUUGAAGGAAAGUGAAAGAAACAAGAGAUGUUUCUUGGAUAAUGGGACGGCUAGUGUGUUAUCAGCUGCUUUUGAAGAGUUCUCAAGAGUAUCUUUCAGAGUAAAUGCUGUCGUUUUGGAGGAAAUACUGUCGAGUUUGACGCUAAUAUUCCCUCUUGAUGGAGAGGCCAAGAGCUACCUUGGCUCGGCUGCUUCCGUGGAUUGUUUAGUCUGGUUCUUGAAUGGUGGAGAUUUAUCUGGGAGAAAAAAUGCAGUCUUGGUGCUUAAAGAGGUUGUUUCAUCGGAUCAAAGAAAACUGGAGGCUUUAUCAGCAAUUGAAGGAGUCACAGAAGGAUUGUUUAAGCUGAUUAAGGAACCCAUUUGCCCAUCUGCAACAAAAGCUUCCCUUGUGACCAUUUAUCAUAUGAUCACAUCAACUCCUACAAAUGUGAAGGCCAUUGUUAAAUUUGUAGACAUGGGUUUGGUCUCAUUACUGAUAGAGAUGCUUGUAGAUUCGGACAAAAGUAUAUGCGAGAAAUCGUUGGCUGUUCUUGAUGGAAUCUGCAGCUGUGAUCAAGGGAGAAAGAAGGCGAGUGAUCAUUCUUUAACUGUUCCAGUUCUAGUAAAGAAAAUGCAUAGAGUUUCAGACAUGGCGACAAAGUUCUCUGUGUCCAUUUUAUGGAAAAUUUGCAAGGCUGAGAAGAGGCAAGAGGGAGGUGUUGUUCCUGUGGCUCUUCAAGUGGGUGCUUUUCAGAAGAUCUUGUUGCUCUUGCAGAUUGGCUGUGGUGAAAGAACAAAGGAGAAAGCAAGUGAGUUGUUGAAAUUGUUGAAUCCUUAUAGGCAGAGAUUUGAGUGUAUUGAUUCUUCAGAUUUUAAGGACCUCAAAAGGCCCUUUUGAUUAAAAUUUAGAGAACCAUUUUGAAGAAUGUUUCACAUAAUAAAAAAAAAAUAAUUGGAGAAUUUUCUUCCAUAUCU